AAUGACUUUGGAAUGACUGGAUCAGUCCCCAAAGACUCCUAUUUCUUCAAUUUUCAAAUUAUGAUAUUUGUAGGGUGACAAAUAUGUCACCCAUGUUUUUAGACGUUUCUUACGUAGAUUACUAAUAGGUUAUUAUGAAAUGCGGAUAGCGUUUUCUACAUUGAACAUUUGUUUGAUUUUUUUCUUGGACGGUUGCCUUAUGAAUGAAAUAUUAAGACCUAGCUUCUAUCCCUAUUGCACGACGAGAGAAAAAUGCCAGCCUGCCUGCAUCUGCGAGGUUUACCCCAACUGUGUAUUAUUGACCAUGGACGAAACCAUCAGAAGCAGCAUUUUAUUCUACCACAACCAAAUUCGGGAUAUCCAGUGUGCUGCGGAACCCGAACCAUCUGGUUUGACUUUACUCGAAUACGACAUGGAAUUGGAAGAAAUAUCGAACUGCUGGGCUGCAAGAUGUGACGACGAGUACUCGGAAUGUUUUGUCACCUCUAGGUUCUACGAAACAACUCAAUCCGUCAUCCAGUUGGUCCUUGCGGAAGGGCAACAACCAAGCGUGUUCAUCUGGAUGCAAGUGAUGAAUGAAUGGCUGGGGCAGAUAAGGACGUUGCCUGCAGAGAUCAUCCAGAAUUUUCCAGGUGGUGAAGUGGGAGAAAAAUUGCACAACUACGCUCAACUCAUCAGUGACAGAAUACUCGCGAUUGGAUGCGCUUGGAGUUUACUGAACAACGUGCUCACUCUUGUUUGUACCUAUGGUCCCAGAGGUCCGAUGCAGGGAGAAGCUGUAUAUAAAACGGGAUACCCGUGUUCACUUUGUCCAGGAGGCUAUGCUUGUGACUACAUGAAACCUUUUGAACAAUUGUGUAAACUUAGGAUAUAUUCCGCGGCUCUGACGGUACAAGAACAAAUGCCUCGGUAUCAGACACCGCUACCUCCUCCCUUCCCUCCUUUUCCUCCCAAAACAGAGGUUACUGAGGAGUAUUCAACACCGUUCUUGGAAGCCAUGGUGGUACCUGCAGCACCAACCUCUCUCCCUCCUUCCCUUCCUCCUUUUAGGUUUCCAGACGAUUCUUCUGAUACAACUAAGCCCCUUGACCUUUUGAAACCUCCCUCCCUUCCACCUUCACGAUUUCCAAACGACCCUACCGACAAAGAUAAUCUAUGGCCCACACAUUCAAGGCCGCAAACUACACCAAGUAGUCUUUUUCUUCCGCCAACAGAAACAACCACAAUAAAACCACUACGAACUGCUCCAGAGAGCCAUUCGGUGAGAUUGAAACAUUUCUGUAUUUCUUCAGUAGCUAUUGGUUUCAUUAUAAAUAUAUUACUUUAAAUUCAACAGCUAUGUAUCUCGUUUUCGUUUGUUCAGUUUUGUGCUUUUAUACAUAACUAAAUAAACUCAAAUGUCAA